CUACGUUUGAAAACAGUAUGUUUACCGCCAAUGGCUUAUUUAUUUAGAAAUGAAUUAAAAUUGGAUUUACAAUUUAGUUUGCUAUGGCGGAUUUUAAAAUUCAUCAUCAGCUUAGUGAGCUUGUAAAGUGUUUGGGAAUUUCGGAGAAACUUUGUGAAGGUGCAUUAUGUGAUGACUAUGUAGAGAGUUUAGAAAAAAGUAGAACACCGUACAUUAAUAAUAAAGUUAAAUCAAUUUCACUUGUUAAAAGAAUGGCUGAAUUUUCCCCUUGUUCUGAUGAAGUCUUUCAGAAAUAUGAUGAAUUAAAGCUAAAACAGAUAAGAGAAGUAGACCCUAUGGUGCAUCUCCUGUCUCAAAUUCAAAAUGAUGAAAAAGUCAAAAAGUUGCUGAAAAUUAAUACACCUGUAACUGUUAUUGAAAGUAAUGGCUUGGAUAAAAACUGUAAAGCUAUCAACCAUUUAUCUUCUCCAUCUUUUAAGAGAAAGGAACCCAAAAGAAAUGCACGACAGGAUCUUGAAAUUUCACCUUCUUGGUUCCAUGAAAGGCCACAUUUAAGUUGGAAUUUUGUUUCACAACCAAGAUCUGAUUUUAAGCAUAGUGGUCCAAUUGGUACUUUGCCAGUUAAUGUGCAAGAAAGUCGACUUAUUGAUGAUAUUCUCUUUUGUCUUGUGGGAGUUGAAGGAGAUUAUAUUCGUCUGCAAAAAGGAUUAAGUUCAGAAAAUAAAGUAUCAUUUUAUUUAGAUGAAAGUAUAAAUGUUUCAUUGAAACAAUUAGUGAAUAAUAUUUUACCCUUAUGCUCUCAUUACUCUACAAUAAUGAAUUUUGUUGAAGAGAACAUGGAGUAUGAAGCUGGUCUGGUCAAUCAUGCUCUUGCUGCAGCAAUGCAUGCUUUUUUGAAAGAUCACCUAGUUUUUGUUUCUCAGCUAGAAAAUCAACAUUUGCAGCAUGAGUUAACUCUUCAAAAAUUAUGGUUUUAUAUCCAGUCUUCUAUGGAUACCAUGGAAACCAUUGCUAAAAUUGCUUCCAUAUUGACUAAGGGGAACUGCUUUGGGGGAAAUGUUCUCACAGCACUUCAUGAACACACUGCCUCUUUAAUUGGAUCUACUAAAUCUCAAGAAAUAUGCCAUACAUUAACUAGAGCUGCAUCAUGUCCUUAUUUUGAAAUUUUAGACAAAUGGAUAUACAAAGGAAUUAUCUCUGAUCCUUAUUCUGAAUUUUUAGUUGAAGAUAAUGAACUCAUUAAAAAAGAAGAUUUGCCAGUUGAGUAUAGUGAUGCUUAUUGGGAAAAACGUUAUACCAUACGCAGAGAACUGAUACCCGUUUUUCUAGAAAAGUGUGCUGAUAUGAUUUUGAGAACUGGAAAAUAUCUAAAUGUUAUCAGGCAGUGUGGAAAAACUAUUAAUUACCCCAAUGCAAAACCCAUAACUUACAGUGUAAGGGCAAGCCAGUAUAUAGAAUGCAUUGAACCAGCUUAUCAUUUUGCCAGCAAGAAACUACUUGACCUUUUGAUGGAUGAUGCAGACUUAAAAGGACGGUUGCUGUCAGUAAAGCAUUACUUUCUCCUGGAUCAAGGGGAUUUCAUUGUGCAAUUCAUGGACAUGGCAGAAGAAGAGUUGCAAAAGGACAUUGACGAUGUCAUGCCAACUAGACUAGACUCUCUCUUGGAAUUAGCGCUUCGUACUAGUGUCGUUAAUGAAGAUAAAUACAAAGAUGAUGUCAGAGUGGAAUUACUACCACAUGAUCUACUAACUCAGAUGUUCAAAAUAUUACAGAUACCACCAGACAAGGAAAAUGAUCAUGACAUGUCUGAAAAUAUGGUUUUAUCCGGGUUGCAGGCUUUUGCUUUUGCUUAUGAAGUUAAAUGGCCUCUGUCUUUAGUUAUAAAUGGAAAGGCAUUAACUUGUUAUCAAAUGCUUUUUCGGCAUUUAUUUUAUUGCAAGCAUAUAGAAAGGCUUUUAGGACAGGUUUGGACUUUAAAUAAGAGGGCAAAAUCUUUGCCUUCGUCUGAAAGUUGUUUCUAUACCUCAGCUUUCGCUCUUCGUCAACGCAUGCUUAAUUUUAUUCAAAAUCUUGACUAUUAUUUGACAUUAGAAGUAAUUGAACCUCAUUGGAUUGAUUUUUUCAAACGUAUAUCACAAGUAACGAAUGUAGAUGAAGUACUGAUUUGCCAUAAUGACUUUCUAGAUAAAUGUCUCAAUGAUUGUAUGCUUACAAAUCCAAAACUGCUACAUAUUCUUGGAACACUUAUGAGACUUUGUGUAGAGUUUUCAGAAUUUUUUGAAACUGCUACAAGAUCAGAUGAGGCAUAUACAUCAAUAGGAGAUAGCAUGUUAAUCUCUUUUGGUGAACAGACACUUCCAGAAAUGUCUAGUUUUCCAGCUAGUUUGGAAAAUUUUCGCCAACAAGUUGAAAAUUUUGGAGAAAGUUUUGACAAAGCAAUUGUUUGCAUGCUGAAAAUUUUGCAUGAUGUUAAUCAAACAAAGCAUACUUCAAAAAUUAUCAACAUGCUUUACAGAUUAGAUCUAAGUCCCUUCUAUGAUGAACUAAGUAUGAAGUUUGAAAAUCAGAGUACUGUGUCUGAGUGAAACACUCACUUUUGUAAGCUUCAUUUGAUUGGUGAUGCCAUAAACUUGUUACAACACACUGCACUCUUCAAUAUAAGUUUGUAAUAUAGUGUAAAAAAAAUCCAAAGUGAAACUUAAAACAAGCUGUUGAAUGGCCAUAUUGUUAAUGCUCUACCCAUUUUUGACUCACUUAGUCUUCCCCAAAUCUGUCAUGCUGUUUGUUGUUUGAAGUAGAUUCAUUAGUGUGCCAAACAUGGAAAUUAUGUAUCUGUUUGUGUACGAAAUAUUUAUUUUGAUGAUUUUUGUUUAAUAGUUUCUUGUAAAUAAAUCACUAGUGAAAUUA